CAGCGCGGGCCAGGCGAGGGGUGAUGGAGCUGGGCAGAGUCCCCUGGGCAUGUCGGGGACGUGGCCCUGCUCCCCCUGGGGACAUGCUGGGGACCUGGCCCUGCUCCCCCUGAGGACACAGGUGCUGCCUGCACCCAGCCCCGAGGGGUCCCCCCUGUGCUGCUGCGCCUGCGGCUGAGCAGGGCUGGGGCCGUCCCCCCGUGCUGUCCCCACGAGCUUGAUGUGUCCCCACGGGAGCCACCUGUGGGUCACCACCAGCCAGGGCUGGCCGUGGGGUGGGGGGACAGGGAUCCCCCGUGCAGGGUGGCCCCGUGGGGUGGCCGGCCAUGGGGCAGCAAGCCAAGAUGUGGCCACAAGCCCUGCGUGGAGGUCUGUGCCUUUGGGACGGGGGAAUCCCUGUCCAGCCUGGGCGGUGGCACCCCAAGCAGCACCGUGCCCCCCCGGCUGCCGCCUUCCCUUUCCUGGCAGUUUCCAUUGCUGGGGCUGCCAUGCGCAGGGCUCCGGGAGGAAGUGGCUGUGGAUUCGGCCAGCUGCGGGAUGGCCACCGAGGGGCCGGACCUGUACGAGAACCUGAAGAUCCGCUACCCGCGCGGUGAGCAAGGCGCACGGGACCAGGCGGAGCUGCGGGUGGCACGGGCAGAGCUGGAGGCGCUGGGGCCGCUGCUGCCGCCCGGCCCCGAUGGUUCACGGAGCCCCAGUGACAGCCCCGACGUGGCACAGAGGCGCAGGGACUUUUUGGGGCGGUGGCUGCAGGGGCUGGGCCUGGGCUGGAGGUACCACAAGGGGAAGAUCUACUACUUCUCCUGGGACGAGAAGCCUUGGCGCGAGGCGAAGGAGUUCUGCCUCUCCAAGCGGGCGCAGCUCACCUCCGUCACCAGCCGGGACGAGCAGGAGUUCCUGGCGCGGGAGUCGCGGGGGGGCUAUUACUGGAUCGGGCUGGAGGACGGUGACCGCAACGACACCUGGCGCUGGGUGGACGGCACCGUGUACUCACCGGCCAACAGCUUCUGGGCGCCGGGGCAGCCGGACCGGCAGGACCACGGGCAGCAGGGCCGCGAGGGCUGCGCCCAGAUCCACCCGGUGGGCACCGGGCUCUGGAACGACCACAACUGCAACAUCCCCUUCCUCUGGAUCUGCAAGCGGGACCUGGGGGGGCCCUGAGCGCCCGCGGCCGGACCCCGCGGGGUGAAGCCCCCGCGCUGG